CAUAUGCUAGGCACACCAUUAAAGCAGAAGAAUGGAGAGAUACAGAACAUGAUGAAAUGAGCAUUGCAUUAGACAAUACAACAUCAUGGGAAGGCACAAUCGAAAUUGCAAGAGUUUGCCACCAAAUUAGCUGAAACAACAGGUGCCUCGUACAAAAAUAUAUUUUGCAGAGAUAAGCAGACAGGGAAAGUGAGAGCAUGAGCAGUGCACUUGUCAGGUAAAUGGUUGCUAAAUGGCUACGGUACGGUAAGGAUGGGCUGUACAUAAAGCAAAUUUUCGAAUCGGCACAUGGGUUGUAAAUAUCGGAGAUAACUAUGUGCUAUGCAGGUAGGAUUUAAAGGGGAGAAGAGACGCUAGGUUAUGUCAGCCAUGUACGUGAGAGCAAGAUUAAGCAUGCAGUAUGAACAUUGAAUGUGUUGUGCUGAAAAUUCCUUAAUAUGUAGGAUCUAGAUUAAGCAUGUAGCGUGGAAGAACUGGGCUGCGGCUUGCCAUUAGAACCCAAAUAUCCUCACCAACACUCACAACCCCCAAAAUGCACUGAGAACUGAGUCAAACAUGCAGAUAUGACGCACCAUCAAAAUUAAAGUUUUAAAAAAAACACAAGCAAGCAUAAUUUUUAUCAAGAGAAUCAGGUUGGUUAAAUUCUACUCACUCCGUCUCAAUUUAUAAUUCAUUUGAAAGUUUGAUCGACUCAUCUUAUUAUUUUUUGUGCGAAAAAUAAAAAAGUAGAUCCAUACUUGAAGUAUCCCAGUAAAGUUAAUAAUAAUUGUAGUUUUUUAGAAUAAGAUGAGACGAUCGAACUUCCUGUAAAAAAGUUGAACGGAUUAUAAAUUGGGAUAGAGUGUGUAUUUCACAAGAAAAUUGACAACAUAAAUAAAAAGAUUUCUGAGUCCUCAACGUGUCAAAAAAUAGGAAAUUCACAUGGCCUCGAUAUCGGUGCAUCUAGUCCAUCGGUGAUAAAUCCUUGCUCUAGGUUCACCGCUAUAAGGUCCAUCAAAACGAAGCUUCUAACUUAUCCUUCACACUAACAAACAUAUGAGUAUGAUCCUGAAUUUAUAUAUCAAGUUAGAAGGGCGUAUAUACAAAAGGACCAUACCAACCUACUCCCUCUGUCCCAAAAUGCUUGUCGUUCUCGCUUUUCGAGGAGUCAACCAUUCUAAACUCCGACCAAAUAGAUAAAAGAAAGCGUGAAUGUUUAUAGUACAUAAUUGGUAUCAUUAGGUAGAUAUUUAAAUUUAUUAUUUAGUGAAAUUAUUUGGAGAUACAAAUGUUGCUAAUAUGCUCUAUAAUCUAGUCAAACUUGAGAAACUCUGACCGACACGAAUGUCAGAGCGACAAACAUUUUGGAACAGAUGUUGUAUUAUAAAAUUUCAUACAGAAAAAUUGAAGAUGUGACACGAUUUUUUUCACAAUCAUGGCAGAUUAAAUUUAAUUAGAUAGAAUAUAGCAAGUCUUAGGAUGGAGCAUAUUGUUUCUAUUGUUUUCUAUUUAAGUAACCAGGUUGGACAAAUCAAUUUGGCUAUAGGGUACUCGCUUAAACUAGAUUUAGUAAUUAGAAACAUGCAUACAAAUCAUUGGUGGAGCAUGUUGGUGGUGUCAACAAUAUCCACAACAAAUGUUUAAAGCAUUGUGAUGAUUUUAAUUAUAAUGAUUUCAAGAAUUAAAGACAGAGAAUAACAAGGCAGCACACUAGAACAUCAUAAGAAGCCAUAAAAAUUACCUAAGCUCUCAAUAAAUCUUAGUCUAGCUCAGCCAGAGUUUGCACCAGAUGCUCAGCUACAUGAUCUAGCACCCGUUAUAAAUGGCGUACGUGUAGUAUAUCAAAAGCGAUUUUGUGGUUGAAAGCGACCGGACCGCUCUCUCAAGUUCCCCACCUAAUCAUUGACCUACCUAGUUCUUCCACGAGCCUAAUUAACGCGGAGCAACGUGACAGCGAGACUAAGACCCCCACUGAAGUACUGGCCGUCGAGGGGAGCCGGGAUUAGACUGCACUAAUUGGUCCCGUUCGCCGUCGUCGGCGGGAUACAGCAUGCUGCUUGACGCCGACCGCCAGCUCCUGCGCGUUGCGGUUGCGCCGUCUCGCGAUUGAAAACACAGGGCCGAGUGGCCGGCCGUUGCCCAUGUGCCGCGCGGCGCCGGCGGCACCUACCGGGACGUACGUGGUGCGGUGCGGUGCGGUGCGGUGGUGGACGGGAUCGGUGCCCGUGGCCCGUGCCGCCGCGCACCAGCUAUUUUUAGACGCGUGCGUCUCGGCUGCGCCGCAAGCCACCAUGCAUGUCCGCGCAGCCGGCAGCGCUGUGUGAUUUUUGUCUGUGCUUGGUGGUUGCGCGCGCCUGCGAGUGAUACUGUGUGCUGAUGUGCCCGUCGUUUUGUGCCUCCUUUUUGAGCUACGAACCAGGAAUGAACGAAGAGAAUCUUGUAUAUGUGUGUGUUUUUCUUUUGGGUAGCAAUACAUUUUGAGGAAAAACACAGCAGGAACGUUGCUGUUUUUUUUACCUUCCCUUUUUUUAACAAGUUCAGUAGCUACUGACCGAACUUUCAACGUCAUCAAAGAAGGGCAUCUUGAUGAGGAAUAUUUGAUGGACUGGACUCGUAGGAGGAGGGAGGCGUUAGCUUGCAUUGGUGGUAUCUUUUGAAGAACAAAUUGGAUAAUUUCGUCGGAGGCAUGACCCAAUAAUCAUGACGAGCACGUUGGUGCUUCAUUCGACAUGAGAUUUGGACCCCUCCCAAAAGAUCUUGCGUGACUCGAAAGGCAUGUCUGUACGUGGACUUGCUUGGCUGGACACGGGGAGAGCGCCCCCUGACCCUGAUGAUGAUUUGUAUCGCACCGCGCACCACGGAAUCUGUUCUAGGCUGUCUAACUUGGCAUUAGCCAGUGUGGUUUUUAGAGCCAAUCUGUUCGUGCACCGGCCGGGCAAAAGAUAUCUUCCCCAAAAAAACGCAGCUACUCGUAGUACUCCCUACGGACGUGUGCACGGAUUUGCACGGGACGUGCGGGCACGGUGCACGCAUGCAUGCCGCGCGCGGCCGCCGAAAGAAGCGCUGGUGUUGUCAUAGCUUGACGCCACCGAGCGGGUACACCGUACACCUGCAUUUAAUUGACACAUUAUGUUACGGCCCUAGGAGUUACUUAAACAGGAGCAAAGGACUAAUCCCAGUUCCCGGAUCAAGCUCGAGCCGGAAAUUUCCGUGCCGAGAUGCGGAACCCCACACAAGCACAGCUCGCGCGCGCGUCCGAGGAUUGUCAAGCACACGUGCGGUACAACCGUUGACAUCGCGGCCGCACUACGCUCGCGUGCGCGUGGCAGUAGACACGGCACGAUACCAACGUGGAAACCAGCGAGCGGGCAGCGACGCUGUACGUGCUCUGUACGCCUGCUGCUCGCAGUCGCAGCCUCGCACUCAGGCCACACGGGCUCAGCAUAAAAGAAGGGAAGGGCCGAAGGGGUCAGCAAGGGAGAAAAAAAAAAGGAGACUGGGCCAGGCGUCUCGGUCACGACUUCAAGACCGACAUGCGGACCCCCCGAUGCUGUCCCCCACACGGCUCAUUCCCGCCCCGCACGUGCGGCGGCAGCCUUAUCGGUAGACCCCAAGUCGGGAUCGUCUGUGACCCUAACGACGUGUUGUGCCUGUUCCUACUGUGUUUCUGUGAACAAACUGAGCACGGCUGCUGCUGUCUCCCGUGCCCUGUGCGUGGAUCUCUGGUUCCACGCUCGCGCGUUUCGGUUCGUUCUCCGCCGGCUUCUCACUUGCCACACGUACUACUACUACUAGGACGAAAGGGAAGGAGGAAAAGGAACCAACCAAAGUUAAACUGCAGGAGUAGGACGGUUUAUGUUGUUGCUCUUCAACCACAGAAGAUCCCCGCGCAACUGCUGGCCACCUUUGCCAAUGGCACUCCCGUAGAUAGCUUGUAAGUUGACGCCCGCUUUCCCCGCUCCGAAACUACACGCCGUUCAGCCCCUUAUCACAGGCUCCGACGCUCCGUGCCGUUGCCCCGCUCUUUUUCAACAGCGACGCUGGUAACGCACUAACGCCCGUCCCCUCACCCACCCGCGCAGACCGCAGAGAGAAGAGAGCGAGGCAGCCUAGGAGGAGCAACCGCGUGAGUCGAUGAAGGCAGCGGUGGCCGCGGUCGUCGUCGGCGGCGGAGGAGGCGACGAAUGGAGGUGCCGGAAGCACCCUGCCGCGAGAUCCGGCGGCGGGGUGUGCCCCCACUGCCUCCGGGACCGCCUCCUCCGGCUCUGCCCCAACUGCGCGCACGUGCGGCCCUGCGCCUGCGCCGCGGCGUGCGCCUCGCCGUCCUCCUCCUCCUCGGCCUCCGGCGACGCGGUCGGCCGCGUCCACAGCCUCAUCGAGCGGGAGCACCGGAUCGCGCGCUCCAGGUCCGUGGCCACGGGCUCCUCCGCCGCGCUCGCCGCCCCCUCGGCGGCGACCGCGUCCGGGGGCGGCAGGCGGAAGGCGCGGGUCUGGGGGUGGCCGCCGUUCUGGAAGCCCGCGGCGCGGGAGGGGGGCGCGGAGCCAGGGGAGGAGGAGGACGACGACGAGGGGAUGGGGCUGCCGCGCUCGAGCUCCGUGUCCGCCACAGCGGUGGAGGCCAAGAGCGCGGCCGCGGCGGCGCGGGCGCGGUGGGGGUGGCACUUCCCGAGCCCGCUGAAGGCGUUCCGGCACCGCAGGUUGUCGGCGAGCGUGGCGGGGCGGGCGUGAGCGAGGUGCCUCACCUCCAGAUGCCCGGAAAGUGGUUAGUGUGGGGGUCAUGUGGCCGGGAUCAUUACCUAUUAAUCACUAGUUAACUAUAUCAAGGCGGUGGAUUAGAGGAGGAGCGUUCGUGCUCCUUUUUCUGCUUUUGCGAUCGCGUCGCGUGCCGCUAAUUCCAUGAUUAAGUUAGACGAAACCUGGAAAGCCUGUGAUCUGGGCGUAAUGUGUGCAUAUUCGCUGCUAGUGGGUGGGUGAACCCCUCAUGGUCUCUUGGCUUUUGUAGCGUGCUUGUACUCCACUCUGUAGCAACAAAUUGGAUGUUUUGAGCUCUCCAAUUUGAUCUUAUCUUGUGUUGCUGUA